AUGUCUGCAUAUUUAUACAUUGCCCUUGCACAAGAUGAAAGAAUAAAGAAACAGAAGAGGGCUGAAGCCAAGAAUAAAAUGAAUGGGGGAGAUAUGUUUAUGGCAACAUCAUCAUUACCAUCAAGAUCAUCAAAAUCAUCAAAAUCAUCAUCAGGGGGAUCAAGGUCAAGAUCAUCGUCAUUCACCACAGCAAACUCCAUCCAUUCAGAUCCAACAAAAUCAAAAUUGAAUCGUACUACAAGCAGAUCAACUACUGAUAGCGGAGGUACUUUCCAACUGUCCCAAUCGAGUAGAUCUGGAAGUAGCACAAUCAAGGGAACGUCACCGUCACUACCUGGUGUAAUAAUUCGUGAUGGCAAGAAAUGGGUAUAUGACUCAACAUUGGACAAAUAUGUACCCAUGGAGAAAACACCAUACCAAGUGUCCAAAUUGGGAUAUCUUCGCAAUCUCACGACAAUAUCAUCCAUGGACAGCCAUGAAUUGAAUUUGCAAUUGAAUCAAUCAGUAGUGCAAGAUUUGUCUAAUUUGGAGAUGUUGAGGUAUAGUUAUUUCGAAGCCUUUGAAUACGAUGGGAACAAAGUUGACGGGGGAGAUGUAGUCACGGGUACACCUACGACAAAAAGAAAGGGACAGAAGAAGAGAACGAGAAGUAGUUCUGUCAUUUCAACAAUCGUUGCUGCUACAACGUCGUCUACAGCACAAGAAGAAGAAAAAGAAGAUAAAGACGAAGAAAGAAAAAAUGGCAAAGUUGAUGGUGAAUCCCUACACAAUAAAGACUCCAAUGACAUAAAUAACAUGCGUUCAUUACUUUCAAGUGAUCAAUUUUGGAACACUUGUUACCAAGAUUUGAAAUUCGAGAGUAUGGCCGAGGCUAACGACAUUUAUGAUAAACUACCACCAAUCAACAUGGCCAUGUCUUUUUACAUUGAGUUUAUUGAUUACCUACUCAUCAAUCUACAUAUUCUCAAACCAAGCUUAGAAGAGAUUAGAAAUUCAAUCGAGUACAAUCAAUUGGCCAAACAGUACUAUCUAUAUUUCAAUAACCAUAAUUUCCAUCAUCUACAUUCGAUGCAACAAACAUUUGGGGGAAAAGAAGUUAAUGAUAAAUUGAUCGAGACUAUAAUUAUCAAUUUUGAUGGCGUGAAAAAGAUGCACCAAUUGGACUCACACUUGGUUGCAAUUUGGAUACGAUUUUUACAUUUUGUUGCAAAAAUCAUGUCAAUUCUACCAGACUCUACAAAAGCACCACCGAAAUCGUCAAAUUUGGAAUACACUCAGCAACCAAAUCCACCAUUUGCAAAGAAAUCGUCACAACAGCCACAACAGCCACAACAGCCACAACAGCCACAACAGCCACAACAGCCACAACAGCAACAACAGUUGAGACAAGCUCUGGUGGACUCACGCACUUCUUCGCUAAUGUCACAAAUGAGCAAACGAGAUGGAUCAGUAUGGACAAUGGAUACAAUUGCAUCUUCGAUUGGUGAAAUUGAGUCAAUAAAUACUGGUGGAUCUUCUACUACUAAGCUACCGCCAUUAUCAGAGAUUGAUGUGAAUGCCCCCUCAUCAAAGUUGAAAGUCACUUCAAGUUGUAGUGACGUCAUGGACAAGACGAAAAAGAAGAAAAAGUCAUUUUUCAGUAAGUUCAGGGGUAAGUAG